ACUCGGCAAUGUCCAGCUCCGGUCGCCUCCCCGACUACCCGCUGGGCUCGGGCGUGGUGAGGAGGCUGAAGUCUGCCCUGGACGCCCGCGACGAGGAGGGCGUGAGGAGCGUGAUCUGCGCGGAAGUCCUGCCCGUGGACGCCGUGAUGGAGCUGGCCAACGACGACUGGAUGAAGGACCCCGCGGCCCCGCUGCCCCCCGGCGCGCUGCUAGGAGACCUGGGCCACCUUAAGCCCCUCAUGGACCAGUUCUUCCAGGAUGCCAACGUGGUGUUUGAGAUCAACAGGGGCGAGAUGGAAUGGCAGGUGAAGUCCCCGGCCACGUUUGGACUGUCAGGCCUCUGGACCCUGGAGUACAAGCGCGAGCUCACCACGCCCCUGCGCAUCGCGGCGGCCCACGGCCACACGGCCUGCGUGCGACACCUGCUCGGCCGCGGCGCAGACCCCGACGCCAGCCCCGGUGGCCGCGGCGCCCUGCACGAGGCCUGCCUCGGGGGCCACACGGCCUGCGCCCGGCUGCUGCUGCGGCACCGCGCCCACCCCGACCUGCUCAGCGCCGACGGCCUGGCGCCCCUGCACCUCUGCCGCUCGGCCGCCUCGCUCGGGUGCGCGCAGGCGCUGCUGGAGCACGGCGCCUCGGUGCAGCGCGCGGGCGGCGCGGGCGGGGACACGCCGCUGCACGUGGCGGCGCAGCGCGGCCUGGACGAGCACGCGCGCCUCUACCUGGGCCACGGAGCGCGCGUGGACGCGAGGAACGGCCGCGGCGAGACGGCCCUGAGCGUGGCGUGCGGCGCGGCCCUGCGGCCCGACGAGCGCGCGCGCUGCCUGCGCCUGUGCGCGCUGCUGCUGCGGCGGGGCGCGGCGGCGGACGCGCGCGACGAGGACGAGCGCAGCCCGCUGCACAAGGCCUGCGGCCACGCGCAGCCCGACCUGGCACGCCUCCUGCUGCGGCACGGCGCCGACGCGAGCGCGCUCGACUACGGGGGCGCCUCGCCGCUGGCCCGCGUGCUGCAGACGGCCGCCUGCGCGCCCGGGAGCGCGCCUUGGCGCACGGUGCAGGCGCUGCUCAACCACGGCUCCCCCACCGUGUGGCCCGACGCCUUCGCCAAGGUACUGAAGACCUGUGCCCCGUCCCCGGCGGUCAUUGAGGUUCUCUUCAACUCCUACCCUCAGCUGCGCGUGUCGGAGUCCUGGAGGGAGGUGAUUCCGGAAGAAGUAUUUCAGAUGCACGAGCCUUUCUACCGGUCCCUGUUCGCCUCGGCCCACGCCCCCCGCUGCCUGCAGCACCUCUGCCGCUGUGCCCUUCGCAGACUGUUUGGCAGGCGGUGCUGGGACCUCAUUCCCCUGUUGCCCUUGCCGAAGUCCCUGCAGAGGUACCUGCUUUUGGAGCCGGAAGGGGUCUUGCACUGAAACCCAGAACGUGGCAGCCACGGCUCUCGCCCUCCUGUCUGCCCGUCCGUGGAGGCUGCGUGCAGAAGACCGUGAGUGUGGACAGGUGAGGGUGGGACCCGCCGUCCCCCUCGAGCUCCAGUGUGACUGACGGGAGCGCCAACCUCGCUGGGCUUCAGGUGCACGUGGAGGUGGGAUUGGUAAUAAACAAAAAAGCCUUUUCUGCCUCCCGGGUUGCUCGCGAGGGACCCGUGAAACCGGGGCUACCAGGGUGCUCGCUCGGUCUUGAAAGUGCGUUUUGACGAAGGUUAAACUAAAAGGCACAGUGAGCCCUCAUCGUCACCAUAGAUAGGGUCUCCGACACUGCGGUUUUAAGCAAAACAGCUUUACCUAGGCUAAUUGACUCCAUAAACCGGAGUUAAGCGCCUGCAGCAUGUUUCUGGUCACAGAGCCAUCUCAGCAAACGUACAAAGAGAGACUCGAAACACUUCUGGUAGUAACCCUCGAAAUAGAUGGUGGGCUGCACGUGCAUUUGAGGAAGACUAAUAACAACAAGUAAGAUGAUCUGCCCAGUUUUCAGCGCACUGCUGAGUGACGGCAGCCACAGCGGUGGGCAUGGGUUAAGUCAAGGAAUAAAUGUUGGCACAGGGAACCUUGUGGGAGCACCCCCUACUGCCACACACCCAAAAACAGUCACAGGCGAUGCACUGUCACACUGCAGCACGUGUUGUCAUGCAUCUGGAUGACUAUCAUAGGCUUUGGAAAUUUUUAUUUUACAACAAUUUGUAUUCAUCCAUUCAUUCAUUUUCCAACCCUCUUAUCCCACUUCGGGGCUGUGCGUGGCUGGACCCUAUCCUGGCAGCUCAGGGCACAAGGUAGGAGCCUGCCCCCCACCCCCGACAGGACACUGUUCCGUCGCAAGGCACAGCCAUGCACGCCCGCACUCAGACCGGGACCACAUGGACAAGCCAGUCCACCUCACAUGCACGGCUUCGGGGCUGGGAGGUGCUGGAGAGACAGCGUCCCCGGCCAGGAGUCGAUUUUUAUUGUUGCUGUGGCCAUUUUCAGGGACCUUAACAACUUCAGUGUCCUUAAGGCCCACAACAUGGCUGUGCUAUCACCAGCUUCUUAAACAUUUCUGCAGAAACACUUUCAAGGAAGCAGAUUCAUUGGCUGGCUCAGGAAUCGAUUUUAUUUCUCAUUGAUGUGACAACAAAGUGAUGAUGAAAGAAAUGACGUUCUUCGAGGCCCUGCUGGGUACCUAUUUGUCCAAGCCUUCAGGCCUUCUGCCCACCGAGGAGAGGCCUCUCACCCCUCCUGGGGACAGCCACCUGGGGAGCCUCUGUCCCCAGAGCGAGCCGGGCCUGCACGUGGGGAGGACGCCGGUCCACAGCCCGGGCGCCUUCCGGGGGCCCGCUGUGCUUGCGAGCACAUUACAGCCUAGAGCUCCCCGGGAGGCACGGGCGGGCGGUGAGCUGGGCAUUCCCUUCCCGUACCAGUCUUCUUCUGUCUGACACCCUUGCCCGCGCGCCAGGUGCCAGGAACAGACACAGGCUGGUAGAGGGUGCCGUCAGCUCAACCUGAGCAUCACGCGGCAGAGAGAUGUUCUGCACGGCGCGGACCGCGGUGAUCUUGCCUCUUGCUGUCUCUGUCUGACGCGUCGCUAUCUGGGGCCCCGCUGGCCCUGGAGGGACUGCCCCUCCCCGAGCUACCCAAUUCUUGGAGGCAGUAAACAACCAGACACGGGGCAUGCUUUGCAAACAUAAACCAACCAGUCCAGAGCUCAGAGCUCACACCCAGCUCUGUCACCCGGCUGUCACACUCCAGAUCACUGUGCACCCCAGAGCCAGGUGCCAGGCAACUCGGGACAGCCCUGUGCCCCAAAGCCUGCUGACGUGAGUCAAACUGGCCAACCCUAAGCCUUAUCCUGCCUUGUCCUUCCUCCCCCCACCUCCUGGUCAACCCUGGUCCUUCCUGCGUGGCCCCCUGUGGCAUGGCAUGCCCCUCCUCUUGGGACCAGUGAGUGAUAAACUGUGUUUUCAGUGGCAGUCGUCUCCCGAUUUGCUGGCUCUGCUAGACGUCAGACUCUCUGUUACUAUGCCCUGUGGCCGGAGCUCUCAGCAGCGGCUCCCUGUUUUCCAGGGCAAGGUGCUGCCAGGGUGAGCCUCAGAGGGGACAAGCACGUCCUCCCGUUGGUGCAGCCCGGAAGGGGAGCUCAGACCCCAGCCAGCAACUGUGGCACGAGGCAGGAUGCUGUGUGCACCACGAGUGACGCCCCCUGUGGGAGUGAAAGGGGCCCUUGCAAGGCCACCCAGUGAGGGUGCGUGUCACCAAGGAGGAAGCCAGGCUGCACCUUGGGGGUGGUCAGAUUUCAACACAGUGGAUCUGCCAAGGCAGGGGCACCAUCCCCAGCGCCAGCUGAGCCACUCGCACUCGCCCUUUGAGAUGGACAGUUGGCCUGUCCUACAAAAGGGCCAUGUGAACACAGUGUCCACACAACCAUACCCCCACCGCAGGCACAGGACUCUCCCCAAGUCCCUCCUGCAUGGACUUUCAGGGGUCCCCACUGUAUCCAGGGGAAAGCUUGAACAAAGGCAGGGGCGCAGGAAAGCGCAGGGCUCAGGGGAGGGGCAGUGAUUCAUCCUCCUGGAGGGGAGGGUCCCCAUACUUUGGCAGCUGGAGGGAGGCAGGGCUGGGGAGCCUGGGGGGGCAGCUCAGGAGGGCCUCGGCCUCCCGACCGAGGAUUCUGAAGGUCACUGGACAGACCACGAGGAGCCACACUGCAGGUCUCGGGUGUGGUCACAGUGGGACUCGAGGAAGAUGGCUUUGUCCUGGGAAGGGACGCAGUGCACUGGAAGGUGGGUGCAGCCCCAGGUAACACCCUGGAGAGGGGUUCAGAACCAGGCUCCUCCACAGAGCAACAAGAACAGUUACUCAGCUGAAAUUGGCUCAGUUGGCUUACCUGGGAAGUGAAAGUGUCUGGCCCCUCCCACUCAGUUGGGAAUCGGUGGGACAUCCGGCAUAAGGCAGGUCUUCUCUAGCCCUAAAGGGAUCUUGUUGAAAUGUAGAUUCAGGCUUCAAAGGUCUGGAGUGGGCGCAGUUCUGCAGGUCUGAGCGUGUGGUGGAGCCCAGUGCUAGGGCCGGGGCCCCACCAUCAGCAAGGCAGACUUGACGGGUGCCCCCUCCUCAGGGAGCCCACAGCCGAGUGAAGAAGGACAACUCCUUGCAGAGCUGCUGGAGAACUGGGGCACAUCAGGGAGGCCUGGGGAGGAAGGGCUGUCACCCUGGCCACCUUCUCUCUGGCUGCCUCUCUGUGUGGAAUAUGGGCUCCCAUACCCCCAGGGCAGGUGGCAGUCUGCACACUGUGAGGCUUCCCUGGCCAGUUGCAUCACAGUGUCCUACAGGCAGUCAUGUGACUUCUACCAUGAGUAUUCCCUCCACCCCGCUCCACCGAGUCAACACCAUACGGAAUGCGGCACCCAGACCUCCAGCCUAGCGCUCUUGGUCCACAUGGACCCCGGUGCAAAAGUCCUCCUAAGGUGUCAGGCAUCCUUUACCCGGCCCCCAGCUUCCCAGGAACAUGACAUCAUGGCUGCAAGAGCAUUAGUAAGGAACAAGUCUGCACUAGAAACCAGUUCUGAGUCACCUGCGUUCUGGUGGCUGUGGAGAUGUGCUGAACGCCGUUCCUGGCUUACGGCCGUGACUGUGGCAUAAACAAUGACCAGCGUGGUUGUUUGCGCCUGUCCUAAUCACCAGACGAGGUGGAAUUCAUUCACAGUUCUGUAGAAUUCACUGCCAGCCAUUUGCCUUGUGAAGGCAAAAAAAUAAACUCACUGCCCAAAAAUGUGUUGUUUCAGUGACCGUGUCUGGCUGUGCUCUGUGCUACGGGUGUUUGGAAGUUCUCAAAUUAAGGGACUUGCACAGUUCCACACAGAUAAGAAAGAAAGAGAAAGGAAAGGAGGAGGAGAGGAAGGAGAAGCAGAAGACAAGACUCAGAGGGGAGGGAAGUUGGGCAGCAGGGAGAGGAAAGAGGGAGGGGGUCGGUUAGUGGAGAUGAAUGUCUGCAAAAUUAUUCCACUUUGGGACUAGAAUUUCUCCCGGCUCACUUCUUUUCCACUGAACAAAAUAUAUCCUGGUAUUAUUUUUUUUAUUAAAGGGUCUAAAAAUAUUUUCCUUUCAUGUACAGUUCACAUUGAACGUCAUUUUUCUGAUAGAGUAUACUACAUAAACUCAACUCUAUAAGGCCUAAAUCGUUUUCUUUAAUUUCAAAUUUAGUUUUGAAUGGUGCAUUCACGUGGCUCAAAAUUCAGAAGGCAACGAAAGGGUGAAUUAUGUUCUUAUCUGCUGUUUCUACUUUUAAAGCAGAAUAUUUUUCCUCCAGCUUUUAUUGAAUAUCUUUGAUUAUUACUUGUCAUCAGACCAACAGAGAAUUCAAAAACACACAAAUGAGGUUCUCCACCAACAGAGGUCCUGGGAAGCUUGGUCCUGGGUUCUGUCCACACCAGCCAUCCCUGGGGCAGGAUGAAAUGGUCACAGCUGGACUGCCAGACCCAAUCCACAGCCCACGGGCGGUUAGUACAUGGACCAGGCACUAUGUGACCUGUUACGUUUAAAAUUCUGAACCCUGCAUUGGGCCAGUCUUUUUUGGUGUUUUUGUGUUGGUUUAAUUUUAAAUUACUUGAUAAUGAUCAGUUCAGCAUGGCUUGAAGGAAAUCAAAGCCAGUGACACUUUUUAGGUCUAAGGAGCAUUUGCUAAUUCCAAUAACUGUUUAUGAUUGUCAGUUUCCAAUUUCUGAAAUAACCUUUUAGACACAUGCUGAUGGGGCAGGCUGUUGAACUUUUGCAAAGAGCACUUAACCUUCUACAGAAACGGUGUAAAAUAUAGGCUUGGAGAAUGCCCGGGCCCCACUCCAGUGCCCAGCCUCCUGCCCACAUGCAGCAUCUAAGAAGCAGUCCAAUCACUACAGUGCCGAAUGCUGUUAUCUUGCCAAGUGCUUUUCUAUCUUUCGAGGCCUGCCUGAGGACCAACUGGCACACCAGGAGCAUUGUAUCUUUUGUUCCAUCGUUUCGAGGAUAAAUUAUUCUUCAGUCAAAUUUUCUAUGUGUAGCUGGGAUAGUCAGAGGCCCCAAAGUUUCAACUGUGAUCAAUAUUCCAUUUUAUUUCUGGGAUUUACGUAUAGUCUGGGAGCAUCAAAAUGCUUUUCAAGCUCCAGGAUGUGUCUUGAAAUUGUUAGCGUCUUCCUAAUGUUAAAACAAAAAUUAAUUUAAUAAAAUCGCGCAUCUAGAGCCCUGUGGAAUAUUGCAGAAGUACUGAAAUUCAUUUUCAUAGAGUCCUGCAGGUGGCGGCAUAAGCAAACGGUCUUACCCUCGCCCACCAACCUGCUCUCCCCAGAAUUAAAAGGGAAGGAAAACAGGAAGAAAGAUUUUAGCCCAAAUGAUAAAGGAAAGGAGAGCACAGGAAAACUAUAGAUUCGUCAAGUAUCAUACAGAAUUGUGCUGCCAUAAUAAAAAAUUCAGUAAUUAAAAUAUUGAUUAUGGAGUUGCCGGCUUCCUUUGUAUUAAAUAUGUGCAUUUUAUAGGCAAUGUGUUUAUAAAUAAAUAUAAUUUUCAGUUGACUCUUUUAUGAUGCCAUAAUGACAGCCCAAACCUCAUUUGUGUGUUAAACGUGUUCUUUAGCAAAAUUAUACACUUGCCAUUGCAAUGUAACUAGCUGGGUUUUCAGCCUGCAUCUAAUCUUCCAGAAUGGUAUUUCUGCAGU